AUAUAACCCAUAAAGUAAUAUUACUGGACGCAUUUGCUCCUGUAUGUUUGGGGUCGCUUUAGUUCGUUGAAAUACACGUGCUGUUUGCACUUCGAUAUAUCAAAAUGGCAGAAAACGAUAAAAGCAAGAAGAAAAGCAAGAAGAAGUCUCUUGGAGAGAUUCAAGCAACAAUGAAAUGUCAACUUGAACCUUCAAAUGAGAUUGUAAAACUGGAAUACAAAGAUUGGCCUCUUUUAUUUAAAAAUUUUGACAAAAUGCUUACUCGUACGAAACAUUUUACACCCUUAACUAGUGGCUCAACACCAUUACAUCGUACUUUAUCUGAAUAUAUAAAAUCUGGAUGCAUUAAUCUUGACAAACCAUGUAAUCCAUCAUCACAUGAAGUUGUUGCAUGGAUAAAAAGAAUUUUAAAAGUAGAAAAAACUGGUCACUCUGGUACUCUAGAUCCAAAAGUAUCUGGCUGUUUAAUAGUAUGUAUUGAUAGAGCAACUAGAUUAGCUAAAUCACAGCAGUCUGCUGGAAAGGAAUAUAUUGCAGUUUUUAAAUUACAUUCUGCUCCAGAGAGUCUUCAGAAGGUAAGUCAAGCAUUAGAAAAAUUACGUGGUGCACUAUUUCAACGACCUCCACUUAUAUCUGCAGUGAAGCGUCAGCUUCGUGUCAGAACAGUUUAUGACAGUUGGUUUAUUGACUAUGAUGAAGAACGUAAUAUGGGAGUGUUCAGAGUUAGUUGUGAGGCUGGUUCAUAUAUUAGAACUAUUUGUGUUCACCUUGGCCUCUUCUUAGGCACUGGUUGUCAAAUGCAAGAAUUACGUAGAAAUCGUUCAGGUGUUCAAUCUGAAAAUGAUGGAAUGGUUACUAUGCAUGAUAUACUUGAUGCUCAAUGGUUAUAUGAAAAUCAUGGAGAUGAGUCUUAUUUGAGAAGAGUAAUUAAGCCACUGGAAGCUCUUCUAGUAAAUCAUAAAAGAAUUAUUGUAAAAGAUAGCGCAGUAAAUGCUAUUUGUUAUGGAGCUAAAAUUAUGUUACCUGGUAUUUUAAUGUAUGAUGAUGGUAUAGAAUUAAAUCAAGAAAUUGUAAUAGUAACUACAAAAGGUGAAGCUAUAGCACUUGCUAUAGCUUUAAUGACAUCUCCUACAAUGACAGCUUGUGAUCAUGGUGUAGCUGCUAAAAUUAAAAGAGUAAUCAUGGAAAGAGAUGCAUAUCCAAGAAAAUGGGGUUUGGGACCAAAAGCUUCCAUAAAAAAACGUAUGAUAAUCGAGGGAAAAUUAGAUAAAUAUGGAAAACCGAAUGAAAACACACCUGCAGACUGGUUAGCAAAUUAUGCAGAUUACUCUACACCUACAAUUAAAACUGAGGCAAAUGGAGAUACCGAUCCUGUGUCUAAAAAACGAAAAUGGGAAGAAACAAUUUCAGAACCUACAGGCGAAGUUACAAUAAAGGAAGAAAAGGUUGAAGAUUUAGAAUUGACAUCACCAAAAGAAAAAAAGAAAGAUAAAAAGGAAAAGAAAAAGAAAAAGAAAAAGGAAAAAGUAGAAUCAGAAGCUGAUGAAUCCAUGGUUACAGAAGGUGCAACUGAGGAAUCACCAGCAAAAGAAGAAAAAAAGAAGAAGAAGAAGAAGAAAGAUAAAGAUCAAGAUCAAGAAGUAACAGUUUCAAGUUGAAAUAAUUUUUUAAAUAAUUUUUUAAAUAUGUCCUUAUUAAAAUAUAAGUACCAUAAUUUUUUUAUAAGAACAAGCAAAACGUUAUAAUACGUUAUAAAAAGGAAUAUAAGUUUCUUAU